AUGUCCAGCAUCAACGAUGUCCGAUUCUUCAUCUACCCGAACCUAUCGCCGAAGAAACCAAGGCUGUUGAAGCUAGUCAAUCUGGCGUAUCUCACAGCCAGGGACAAAACGCUGUAUCCAAAGGAGAUACUCAUCAGAUCCGACCUUCACUGCACCACCAAAAUCGGUGGCAAAUACCGGACAGAUCCAAAGGGCCCGCAUCUCACCAUGUGCUAUAAAGACGAAGGCCAAGUCCAACGUGGUACACAUGUGGCCAGCCAUGGCUAUGUACGAUCAAUGACGGACUGGACGUUUGUAAGCGCGUCGCAUGAUCCAGAGAAACUCGACACGGUGAUGAGGCCGAAUGGGAAGGGUCGUGUAUGGCCCCCUUACGAACUGCUGACAGAUAUCACAUCAAUUGCACAUAGCCACUGGGCAGGGCAGACGGAGGAUUGGGCCCAAGUCUCGGAAAACAGCCCGGCCGAGCCCUUCGACCAGACUGCAUACUACAGCCUGACCGCGGCCACGGCGUCGAUGAGCGUCGCUGGCGAGAGCAGCCAGGCCGGGACACAGGAGAACCAAGAGUCUGUGAUUGUCGACAUUAAAAGUGACACGUACGUCGUGGUCGAGAAGAAGGACGGCAACAAGUUUAAACUUCGCCUCCACGACGAGUCGACCACCAAGACGCAAGCAACCGGAUGGCAAGACGCCCAUGUCUUCUACGGAGAGUCCUGGGCGCCAUGCUACCUGUACGUCGGUCAGGUUUCGGGUACUCGGUACUGGACGUGGACGCUGGAGGUGAGCAAGAAGCGCGAAGGGAAGGGCAAGACGCCCAAGGGAAAGGGGACAAAGAAAGGGAGGGCGUGA